AUUAGGAUGGAGGGUUGAGUCCCGCACAGCCAAUGGCGAAAAUCCGAGGGGACUGUGGAGGCGGAAUGUGUGAGGAAACGAGAAGACAGGCCCAAGAUGGAGGCGGCGGCGGCUGUAGCGGCGUGACAGGAGCCUUCAUGGCACCUGCCCAGCACCACUCCAACCCGUCUUGACAAAUUCUUAGGCUCCAUGGAGCCACCACGAGGGCCCCCUGCCAACGGGGCUGAGCCAUCCCGGGCAGUGGGCACCGUCAAAGUGUACCUGCCCAACAAGCAACGCACGGUGGUAACUGUCCGCGAUGGCAUGAGCGUCUACGACUCUCUGGACAAGGCCCUCAAAGUGCGCGGGCUCAAUCAGGACUGCUGUGUGGUCUACCGACUCAUCAAGGGGCGAAAGACAGUCACUGCCUGGGAUACAGCCAUCGCCCCCCUUGAUGGUGAAGAGCUCAUUGUUGAGGUCCUUGAAGAUGUGCCGCUGACCAUGCACAAUUUUGUCCGGAAGACGUUCUUCAGCCUGGCAUUCUGCGACUUCUGCCUUAAGUUUCUGUUCCAUGGUUUUCGCUGCCAAACCUGUGGCUACAAGUUCCACCAGCAUUGUUCCUCCAAGGUGCCCACAGUCUGCGUGGAUAUGAACACCAACCGCCGACAGUUCUACCACAGUGUCCAGGAUUUGUCUGGAGGCUCCCGGCAGCAUGAGGCUCCCUCCAGCCGCCCCAUGAAUGAGCCGCUCACCCCCCAGGCUCCCAGCUCCUGCACCCAGCACCGGGAUCCAGGGCAUUUCCCCUUCCCUGUCCCGGCCAACGCCCCCCUCCAGCGCAUCCGCUCCACAUCCACUCCCAACGUCCAUAUGGUCAGCACCACCGCCCCCAUGGACUCCAGCCUCAUGCAGCUCACUGCUCAGAGUUUCGGCACUGAUGCUGUUGGUAGUAGAGGUGGCAGUGAUGGAGCUUCUCGGGGGAGCCCCAGCCCAGCCAGUGUGUCUUCGGGGAGGAAGUCCCCACAUUCCAAGUCACCAUCUGAACAGCGGGAGCGGAAGUCCACAGCUGAUGACAAGAAGAAAGUGAAGAACCUGGGGUACCGGGACUCAGGAUAUUACUGGGAGGUGCCCCCCAGUGAGGUGCAGCUGCUGAAGAGGAUCGGGACAGGCUCAUUUGGCACCGUGUUCCGUGGCCGGUGGCACGGUGACGUGGCCGUGAAGGUGCUCAAGGUGGCCCAGCCCACAGCUGAGCAGGCCCAGGCCUUCAAGAAUGAGAUGCAGGUGCUCAGGAAGACCCGGCACGUCAACAUCUUGCUGUUCAUGGGCUUCAUGACCCGCCCAGGCUUUGCCAUCAUCACCCAGUGGUGUGAGGGCUCCAGCCUCUACCAUCACCUCCACGUGGCUGACACACGCUUUGACAUGGUCCAACUCAUCGACGUGGCUCGGCAGACUGCCCAGGGCAUGGACUACCUCCAUGCCAAGAACAUCAUCCACCGAGACCUCAAGUCUAACAAUAUCUUCCUACACGAGGGGCUCACAGUGAAGAUUGGUGACUUUGGCCUGGCCACUGUGAAGACACGGUGGAGUGGAGCCCAGCCCUUGGAGCAGCCCUCAGGCUCUGUGCUUUGGAUGGCGGCUGAGGUGAUCCGCAUGCAGGACCCGAACCCCUACAGUUUCCAGUCAGACGUCUACGCCUACGGGGUCGUGCUCUACGAACUCAUGACCGGCUCACUGCCUUAUAGCCACAUUGGCAGCCGUGACCAGAUCAUCUUUAUGGUAGGCCGUGGCUACCUGUCCCCUGACCUCAGCAAAAUCUCCAGCAACUGCCCCAAGGCCAUGCGGCGCCUGCUGUCUGACUGCCUCAAGUUCCAGCGGGAGGAGCGGCCCCUCUUCCCCCAGAUCCUGGCCACCAUUGAGCUGCUACAGCGGUCACUCCCCAAGAUUGAGCGGAGUGCCUCCGAACCCUCCUUGCACCGCACCCAGGCCGAUGAAUUGCCUGCCUGCCUCCUCAGCGCAGCCCGCCUUGUGCCUUAGGCCCACCCUCAGCCAGCAGGGGCCAAUCAGCUGCCACGCCAAGGAGUCCUGCUCACCCAGCAACCAAUCAAUGUUCCUUUGCCUUGAUAUACUGCCUCAGGAUCCCCCCCAUCCCCGACCCUGGGAGAUGAGGGGGUCCCCAAUGUGCUCUUCCAGUUUGUCUGGAAUUGGGGGAUCCCCCAAAGACUGAGACCCCUGCCUCCUCCGUAAUUUGUUUUGCUCUUGGCUUUGGGGAUACUUAUAAAUUUUGGGGAGCACCUCCAUCUCCUUUGGCUGGGAUUUGUGGCAGGGAUUUAACUCUGAAGCUCUCUGGAAUUUGUGCCUGAUGUGUCUUCCACUGGAUUUGGGGGUCCCCAGCACCCCAUAUGGAUGUGGGGGUUCCCUUUGUGUGUCCCCCGCCGUUCAAGGACUCCCCUCUCUCUUCACCAAGAAGCACAGAAUUCUGCUGGGC